UCUCAGAUUCUCUCUCUCAUCAAUCUGCAAAAAGAUUUCCCCAAAUCUUUCACUUCCUCUCUCAAACAUUCUCUACCAUCUUCAAUUCAUCUCUUCGGUGUAUAAACAAAGAAAAGGAACAGUCUUUCUGCGUUUUGAGAUUCAUCGCCAAAGUCCCUGCAGAUCAAGAGCUUCCCUGUACGGUCGCUCUCUCCUCCCCAUAUAUGUGUUCGGUUAAGUCCGGUUUAAAGAUGGUAACGACGACGACAGCAACAACGACAAUAAACAAAACGGUGGAUCUCCGGUCAGACACGGUGACAAAACCGACGGAAUCAAUGCGUUCGGAGAUGGCGAAGGCCGAGGUGGACGACGACGUUUUAGGGCACGACCCCACGGCGUUGCGUCUGGAGCAAGAAAUGGCGGAAAUCGCGGGAAAAGAGGCCGCCAUUUUCGUACCCUCGGGCACGAUGGGGAACCUGAUAAGCGUGCUCGUUCACUGCGACGAGAGGGGAAGCGAAGUGAUUCUUGGAGACAACUCUCACAUCCACGUGUACGAGAACGGAGGGAUCGCAACGCUGGGAGGAGUCCAUCCAAGAACGGUGAAGAACGAGGAAGACGGAACUAUGGGAAUAUCCGCCAUUGAAGAGGCCGUGAGAACUCCGAAAGGAGAUCUUCAUCACCCGGUUACAAAGCUUAUAUGUCUCGAGAACACUCAGGCCAACUGUGGCGGAAGAUGCCUACGUGUAGAAUAUAUAGACAAAGUCGGAGAAUUAGCGAAGAAGCAUGGCUUGAAGCUUCACAUCGAUGGAGCUCGAAUCUUCAACGCCUCCAUUGCACUUGGAGUUCCUGUGAAGAGGAUCGUACAAGCAGCUGACUCGGUUUCGAUUUGUCUUUCCAAAGGCAUUGGAGCUCCGGUCGGAUCUGUAAUUGUGGGCACCAAAAGCUUCAUUGCCAAAGCGAGGUGGCUUAGGAAAACCCUAGGCGGCGGAAUGAGACAAAUCGGAGUAAUUUGCGCCGCCGCAUUGAUGGCUCUCCACGAGAACCUUCCUAAGCUUGAAGGCGACCACAAGAAGGCCAAGUUCUUGGCAGAAGGGCUGAACCGGAUUGACCGGGUAAGAGUCGACGUCGCUGCGGUGGAAACCAACAUCAUAUACAUAGAUAUACCUGAAGAUCCAAAGUUUACAGCAGAGGAUGCAUGUAAAAGCUUGGAACAUGUAGGUGUACAUGUUAUACCUCAAAGUAAAUUCAGGUAUGUAAUAUACUUGCAUCUAUGA